AUGGCGCAACAACACAUUACAAAUCCAAAACCAGACGUAUGUCCCAAUGCCAACUCCAAAGAAGCGGUUGUAUGGGAGGAUGAUUGUCAACUGCGCUACUCGAAUCAGAGUUUCUUUGGCAGAUUGAAUGUGGAUGACAACACCGCCUAUGGUAACGCGAAGAAUAUUUCCGUCCCUGAAAAAUUUGAGAAAGUUGUGAACAAGGAACUAAGUAAACUUGCUAAGCAGGCAGCUUUUAAUCCACUGAAGAUGUAUGCCACCGGAAAAGUACGCUUUCAAGGUAAAAUGGUAUAUGCUCUUGUGCAGUGCACUACAGACUUAUCAGGGGAUGACUGUCAAUUGUGUCUUGAUAGAGCCAUAGAAGAUGUUUUAAAAGCAUUCUAUUUCUCCAUCGGUGCAAGGCUUCUCAGUCGUAGUUGUUAUCUGAGGUAUGAGCUUUAUGCAUUCUAUGAGGGGGCAAAGUUUGAAUCUCCUAUUCCUAACACCAAAGGAGGAGGCAGGAAAAUAUGGUGGAUCACAAUCCUUACUAUUCUGUCAGCAUGCCUGGGGAUACUAGUAGUUUCCUAUGUCUGUCUUGCAAUGAGAAAAUCGAAGAAAAGAGGGAAUAGAGAAAUUUUAGGACAGCAUGAUUUGUUCCAUAAAGAGAAUGACACAAAAGCUCAGGAGUACCCCAAUAUUAGUUUGGCUUCUAUACACGCAGCUACUAACAAAUUCUCUGAUUCAAAUAAGCUUGGGGAAGGUGGUUUUGGUCCAGUUUACAAGGGUGUACUGAGGGAUGGAAAGGAAGUGGCAAUCAAGAGGCUUUCAAGCUGUUCUGAGCAAGGUUCGGAGGAAUUUACAAAUGAGGUUCUACUGAUAAUGAAACUUCAGCAUAAGAAUCUUGUCCGGCUCUUAGGUUUCUGUGUUGAGAAAGAAGAAAAACUGCUUGUAUAUGAAUACAUGCCAAACAGCAGCUUAGAUGUCAUCCUCUUUGAUUCAAAGAAACGUGCACAACUUGAUUGGAGCAGACGUGUGAGCAUCAUUAGUGGAAUUGCAAGGGGAAUACUUUAUUUGCAUGAGGACUCUCGACUUAGAAUCAUCCAUAGAGACUUGAAAGCUAGCAAUGUAUUAUUGGACAAUGAGAUGUGUCCAAAGAUCUCAGACUUUGGCAUGGCAAGGAUCUUUGGAGGAAGUGAAGGGCAAGCUAAUACUGCUACAAUAGUUGGGACUUAUGGAUAUAUGGCCCCAGAGUAUGCUAUGGAGGGACUAUAUUCAGUCAAGUCUGAUGUUUACGGCUUUGGAGUACUCUUGCUUGAGAUCAUAACUGGAAGAAAGAACACUGGCUUUCAUCUAACAAAACGUACGCGUGCGCCUAGCCUCAUAGCUUAUGCAUGGAAAUUAUGGGAUGAAGGAAAAGGGUUGGAGCUAGUUGAUCCAUUGCUGGUUGGUUCAUGUGAUCCGGAAGAAUUCUUAAGAUAUCUCCACAUUGGUUUGUUGUGUGUUCAAGAAGAUGCAAAUGACAGACCAACCAUGUCUUCUGCAGUUGUAAUGUUGAAAAGUGAAACCGUAAGUCUCACUCAACCUGAAAAACCCGCCUUCAACACGGGAAGUUUCAGCAAUCAUCACAAUGAGGGAGGUGCUGAUAGUUGCUCAGUUAAUGUAUUAACAGUGUCUGAUAUCAUGCCUCGGUCAAGUCAAGUCUGCUAUGUUGUUCCACUUUCCAUGCCAAAGUCCAGCUCUUUCACUAAUAUUCCAAAUACUAAUUCCUGGUCUCUAUCAAAAGGAAGUUUCUUUGCUAUUGAGUAUUGGAAGUCAAAGCAUCAUUUGAGAACUAAGUUUGAUGAGACUAAAAUGGACACACUUUCAGUUAUGCUUUUCAUGAUUCUAGCACUUUUAUUGCCAGCUACCGUUUCUGGUGCAGAUCCUCUUUUCACUUUGUGCUCGUCUGGUGACGGAAACUACACUCCUAGCACCCAAUUUGAAACUAAUCUCAAGCAGCUCCUUGAGUCAUUGUCAUUCAACACUUCCAUCUUCGGUGGUUUCUACAGCAACACAAUUGGCACUGGCCGUGACACAGUCUAUGGACAAACACUUUGUAGAGGGGAUGUGAACUCCACAGUUUGUCAGAAAUGUGUGAGUGAUGCAAGCCAUGAAGUCUUCAACAGUUGUAAAUCUAAAGAUGCAUUCAUCUGGUAUGAUUUAUGCCAAGUUCACUAUUCCUACCAGACGUUCUUUUCAUCGAAGGUUUAUACUGGGAAGUAUCCGCCACAGAAUGAUCAGAAGAAGAAUGUAUCAGAUGCACAUUAUUUUGGUGAUGGUUUGAUGUAUUUAAUGGAAAGCCUCUCCAAAGAGUCUGUGUUUAAUCCUCCAAAUAAUAUGUUUGCAAUUGGUCAAAUUGAGCUUUCGAGAAAUAGAACUAUUUAUGGUCUAGAACAGUGCACCAGAGACAUGUCUGGAAGUACUUGGUGCCAUGACUGUUUAAAAUCUGCUCUUACUGAGCUUCAGGAAUGCUGCUCUGCCCACGAAGGUGGAGUUAUUGUCAGUAGGAAUUGUAAUGUGAGGUUUGGGCUCAACCGGUUUUUUAAUGACACCUCCAGCAGUCUGUUUUAUUAUUCAUAUCCAAAAGGGGAUGACUGGAAGACUUGGAAGAUGGUGGUAAUUAUAUGUGCAUCCACUAUACUAUUUGCAGUUCUUAUUGUACUUUGUGCUGUUCAUUUUCGACAGAAGAGAUUAAAAAUUGUCAAAGAUGAAGAGAGAAGCGAGCAUGUACUAGCACAUGAUCUGGCAAGUCCCACUGAAGUCACAAUUACAGAAGAAGGCGUAUUGGUGACUUCAGAGGAGCUGCCAUUCGUUGAUGUAGAAACUAUAAAGAUAGCUACAGAUGACUUUUCAGAUUCCAACAAGCUUGGACAAGGUGGAUUUGGUACUGUUUACAAGGGUGUGCUACCAGAUGGGAAAGAAGUAGCUGUUAAAAGAUUGUCAAGGAAGUCAUGGCAAGGCUUAGAGGAGUUUAAAAAUGAAGUCAUACUCAUCGCAAAGCUUCAACAUAGAAACCUUGUGCGGCUCUUGGCAUGUGGCUUCGAAGGAGAGGAGAAACUGCUUUUGUACGAGUUCAUGCCAAAUAAAAGCCUUGAUACUUUUAUCUUUGAUUCGCAAAGACGUGCUGAACUUAGUUGGGAAACAUAUCACAACAUCAUUAAAGGAAUCGCCAGAGGGCUUCUGUAUCUUCAUGAAGACUCCCGGCUCAGAAUCAUUCACAGAGAUCUAAAACCCGCCAAUGUAUUAUUGGACCAUGGAAUGGUGGCUAAGAUAUCAGAUUUCGGCAUGGCAAGGAUAUUUUGUGCAAAUCAGAACACAGCUAAUACUAAAAGAGUUGUAGGAACAUACGGCUACAUGGCUCCGGAGUAUGCAAUGGAGGGUCUAUUUUCCGUAAAAUCUGAUGUUUUCAGCUUUGGAGUGAUCAUUCUUGAGAUUAUUAGUGGGAAAAGAAAUAGUGGGUUCUACCUCACUGAACAUGCCAAGACACUAGUUGCAUAUGCAUGGAACCUAUGGAAGGAUGGAAAAGAAGUUGAAUUUGUAGAGCCUAGCUUGCUGGAAUCAUCUCCAACAAAAGAGAUUUUGAGAUGCAUGCAUAUCGGGCUUCUGUGUCUCCAGGAAGACCCUAAAGAAAGACCAACAGUGUCAGAUGUGGUUGUGUUGCUGGGAAGUGAUUCAAUUGAGCUUCCUGAGCCAAAGAAACCAGCAAUAUUUGCAGCAAGUAGAAUUCCUCCAAUUCACGAGUCUAGUACUUCUUGUCCUACUCCAAACGGGCUCACUCUUUCCAUCGUUUUGCCAAGGUGA